AUCAAUGCAGCAGCACAAACGGCCCGCGCACGGCGCACAUCUCCUCCCUUUCCUCUCUCCUCCAGCCGGAGCCGGACCAACACCGCCGCGGCGGCAUCUCCUCCUCCGUCGCACCACCCGCCGGCGCUGUGUAUAGGACAUCUAACUAGACUCCUUGGUCUCCAGCCACCCAACUAAAUCCCCGUUGCUAGGGCUGCCCCAGUUGCCCCUCGCCGGAGCCGGUGAUACCCUGCGCCCUUCCGCGUUUCCCCAAUUCGAGUGGCGAGCGAUCGGACCGCGAGAUUCCCCAGCUCUUUUACGCCCCGGCGCUUGAUUAAUCGCUUAUUUUGGGCUGCGGAUACUGUGGUUUGUGCACAGGCCGCGCGCGUAGCCGCCUUCUGCGUGCUGAAGCUCAAUCACGAUGUUCCCGUGGGAAAUGGAGGUUGAUGGAGAAUCGAGUGGAGCUCCGGGGAAGGUGGAUGAUAUGGAAAAUUAUGCAUUCGAGAACGAAAGUUGCGGCAUUUGUAGAGACAUCGUCAUUGAUAGAGGAGUCUUGGAUUGUUGCCAACACUGGUUCUGCUAUACAUGCAUUGACAACUGGGCUGCCAUCACAAAUCGCUGCCCCCUUUGCAAAAGUGAAUUUCAACAUAUAGCAUGCACUCCAGUAUAUGGCACGAUUGGAUCUAUUGAUGAAGAUGAAUACUCUUUAACCAGCUGUGAUGAUGAUUGGUAUGUGCAAGAGGAAAGCAGCACACUUUCCUUCCCAUCGUACUAUAUUGAUGCAGAAGCAGUGGUUUGUUUGGAUGAUGGUGAUUGCAAGAUUCGGAGUGGACUUGUGACAGCUGAAGAUGAUUCAACUUUAGAUACAUCAAUUGCUUGUGACUCCUGUGAUAAAUGGUAUCAUGCUAUAUGCGUGGGGUUCAAUCCAGAAAUGACUUCUGAAAAUACAUGGCUGUGCCCAAGGUGCGUGUCUACUGAAGUGAAACACGCGGCAGAUGUUAUCUUGAAGCAAAACCUAGGUGGGGAAUGUGUAAUUGAUUCUGAUAGGACAAGUGCCGAUGCAUCAUUUUCUGGGAGGGUAUCUGUCUCUGUUGCUGAUGAGGGAGAAACUGCCCUUGUUGUAUCAAUGGUGGGUGUACAGUCUGAAACUAGGAGUGAUCUAUCAGAAGCUUCACUAGACUUGAAGACAGCACAUGAAGCAUUUAACUACAAUCCAUAUCCAAGCCAUUCCAAAGAUGCUUUUAAACAUGAUUCUAUUGCAGAUGCUAGUACCCUGAGGAGCACAGAUAGUUUCAGUAGAUCCCAGAAUAAAUCUUCUGAAAUGAAUAUUGUUCGCACUCUUUACUCUGAACCAACAGAAAUGUCAUUUCAGUUUUCACCUAUACGUGAGCCAGCAGCAACCAUAUUUAGCUCAGAGCGGGGUAAUAUGUCAAAUGAACAAUUGGAAGUACCAAAGCUCGUGUCAUCUUGUCCAGUAAUAGACAACAGUAAGGAGGCUAAAAAUACUGGAGAGGAUAAUGCAGUUCAAAAAAGCAAUAAUGAAAGAUCUCCUGCGAUCAAAUCUCCACAACCUUUCUCACCAGAUGCAGUUCAGCAGAUGAAAAGUGCUCAGAACAUGCAGUCGCCACUCAGGCAUGAUGGACAUGAGAGCAAUGGCAUGAAAGAUGAGAAAGACAUGGAAUCAGGAAGUGAAGUGAGCCAUCCCGCGAAGAAAGCAAAAUUGGAAGUGCAUGAACAAGAUACAAAUGUAAUCGGAAAUUCUGUUUUUUCUUCAACGUGCGGUCAUACUACUAAUUCUGCAAAAGAUACCGUUGAUGAUAUGUCAGAGUUUCUUCCACAACAUGAAUCUAUUCCCGAUAUAAUGAGUAUUGUUGAAGGUGAGGCCUACAUAAGGGAUCCUGGUAGAGCUCUGGCAAAACCCGUAGGACGAAGAGCAGGAGAUAAGCCUGGCCUUAGAGUGAAAAAGAUCUUCCGAAAGGAAGAGGGAAAACAAUCAACUGCUAUGGUUCAAAAGCUACAGAAAGAGAUAAGGGAAGUGGUUAGAGAUACAGGCACUAAUAUACUUGAGAAGGAUGGAUCUUUUGAUGAACAACUGUUGACUGCAUUCCGUGCAGCUAUAGGAAAGUCAGUGGAUGGAACAGCCAAAAGUACUAACCAAUUAAUAAGAACAAGGAGGUCAUUGCUUCAGAAGGGCAAGAAACGUGAGAAUCUGACCAAAAAGUUGUAUGGAACAUCCACAGGAAGAAGAAGAAGUGAUUGGCAUCGUGAUUGGGAAGUUGAAUUCUGGAAAUACCGUUGCUCCCCAGGAACAAAUCCGGAAAAGAUUGAGACACUGCAAUCAGUACUCCAGCUACUCAAGAGAUCCUCUGAAAUGGACAAGGAAAGUGCUCAGGGGAAAAGGACAGAGAAUAACAAUUCUAUUUUGUCCAGGUUGUAUUUAGCUGAUGCGUCAGUUGUCCCGAGGAAGGAUGAUAUAAAACCUCUCUCAGCCCUUGCAGGAUGUGCACCAUUAGAUAAAAGUAGCCAAAUCAAAGCUAAUAAUAGCAAAUCUCCUAACAUACCUGUAGCAGGGACUGAUGCAACUAAAAUCAGUUCACCCAGCAACACUGGAAAAAUAUCAAGUGCUUCAACUCUGAAUAAAGAAGCAUCAAGCAGAAGAGAAAAUAGAAACAAUCAGCCCUCCCUGGAUCAAAAAAAUCAUUCUUCUGGUGAUAUCAAGGAGGACAAGAGAAAAUGGGCACUUGAGAUCCUGGCAAGAAAGAAUGGCAGCUCUGUUACAAGCAAAGAUCAAACUGGAGACGAUGAUGCUCUCAAGCGAAAAUUCCCUCUACUAGCACAACUUCCGGUGGAUAUGAGGCCAAAGCUUGCGGCCGGCCGCAAUAACAAAGUUCCCGUAUCAGUUAGACAGGUACAACUUCACCGCAUCGCGGAGCAUUAUUUGCAGAAAGCAAAUUUGGAUGUCAUCCGCAGAUGUGCAGAUACUGAAUUGGCCAUUGCUGAUGCUGUCAAUGUUGAAAAGGACAUUUACGAAAGGUCAAGCAGCAAAUCCAUAUAUGUGAACCUUUGCUCUCAGGCUAGUCGCCAGCCUGCCAAGGAGAAAUCUGAUAAGGACACUUCAACUCUUACCAAAAAGACUGAAUUAGGCAGUGAUCUGAUAUCACAGAAAGUUGCAUCUGAGAACAAUGUUAGUGGCAGUGAUAUGGAAGAUGCUCUACACAGAGCAGUCGUCUCUGAUCUAAAGAGUGAAAUAGGCGAUGCUAUUACAUCAGAGCAAACUGUGCAGAAGCACAUUGUUAGCUUCAGCAACGCAGAAGAAGCACUAAGAAAAGCGGGCCUCUUUGAUUCCCCUCCUAACAGUCCUGAGAGAGAGAUCACAUCAGUUGAAGGAGAAUGCAGACUAGAGGAACAGAGCAAAAACUUAGAGUCAAAUCACGAUUAUAGGGUGAAGGAUGUAUCCUCAGUGAAAGAUGACAAAUCACCACUACCUAAUGAUCAUGAUGCUGCAAACUGUCAAAACCUCAAUACUGUGUUGUGUCAGCAACAAAAACCUAAUUCUGAAGAGCAACAGAAGUUGACAGCCCGGGGAGAAACUGAGGACGUGAUAGCAAACGAAACAAAUGCAACAAACUUGGCUGAAGAUGAUAGGUGCAGCGAGCAAUGUGAAAAAUCAAGUGGACCAGGUAAAGAAAUUUCUAUUGAUAGCAAUAUGCCUGAUAAAGUUACUGGGAAUGUGGAGACCUCGAGAGAUAUGGAAAAAGCUGCUAGCAUUUUGCCUAGUCAAUCUCACAAGGAUGGCUUGGCAAGAGAUGGUGAAGUGAUCAGCAAACCAAAGAAUUUGGAGCCAACUAAAGAGAAAUCUUCCAGUGACAAACCAUCACUAAACAGCAAACACCCAAAAGGAGACAAACCAAGCCAUAUAGCUGAAGGUGGAGAUGAUCCGAAGAAGCAAGCACCUGAUCAAGCCGGUAAAAGCACACCAGAUGCCUCAAGCUCUACAUAUAAGAAGGUUGAAAUGUUCGUGAAAGAACACAUCAGGCCACUCUGCAAGAGUGGUGUGAUCACCGUUGAUCAGUAUAGGUGGGCUGUGACGAAAACAACAGACAAGGUAAUGAGCUUCCACCAUGACGCGAAAAAUGCGAGCUUUUUAAUCAAGGAGGGUGACAAGGUGAAAAAGCUUGCGCUGCAGUACGUUGAGGCAGCUCAGCAGAAGAUUAAUUGAUUCCGCCUGAGUUUGUAAAAUGUAACUACGGGAGUACAACAGCAAUUCAUCCAUAUGCAUGACGUCAUGAGACAUUGGCCAAUGCUUGUGGAUCACAUGGGUAAUCCGUAAUCAUGGGUGGCCCUGUGUCAUACUUCCCAUAACUUCUGUACAUUUGAAACCUGAGAAAACAUGCAGGACAUGUUUCGGAUCU